UUGGUUUCUGGUCAUCUGAUAAAGCCUCCACUGCCCAGGGGCCUUCCUCCCUCCCUCCACGCAGCACGCUUGCAGCCAGAGCUGAAUAUUGCUGUUCUGGGGCCUUCCUCCAGCCUCAAAUUUCAACUCACCGUCUUCAGUUACCAGGGUCAUGGCCCUGCUAGUCUUCUUGCUCCUUGCCUUUUUCACCGGACCUGCUCAAUUUGAGUCUUCAUCCACAGUGCGACUGGUGGGAGGUCCCCAUCGCUGUGAAGGCCGGGUGGAAGUGCAACAGAAUGGCGAGUGGGGUACCGUGUGCGAUGAUGGCUGGGGCAUGGAAGACGUGGCUGUGGUGUGCCGGGAGCUGAACUGUGGAGAAGCCAAGUGGACACCGAGUGGUACUCUAUAUACACCAUCGACAGACAAAGACCAAAAAGUCUUCCUCCAAGAAGUCAUCUGCCAAGGGCAUGAACUGAACCUGUCUCAGUGUGACCAAGUGGAAGUUUUUGAUUGCACCCACGAUGAGGAUGCAGGGGCACAGUGUGAGAAACCUUCACUCACAGUGCGACUGGCAGGAGGUCCCCAUCGCUGCGAAGGCCGGGUGGAAGUGCAGCAGAAUGGCGAGUGGCAUACCAUGUGCCAUGCUGGCUGGGGCAUGGAGGAAGCGGCUGUGGUGUGCCGGGAGCUGAACUGUGGAGAAGCCAAGGGGACACCACGUGGUACUGCAUAUGAACCAUCAACAGGCACAGACCAAAAAGUCCUCAUGCAAGAGGUCAUCUGCCAAGGGCAUGAAUUGAACCUGACUGCGUGUGAGCCAGUGGAUAUUUUUGAUUGUUUCCAUAAUGAAGGUGCAGGGGUGCAGUGUGAAAAACCUUCACUCACAGUGCGACUGGCAGGAGGUCCCCAUCGCUGCGAAGGCCGGGUGGAAGUGCAGCAGAAUGGCGAGUGGCAUACCAUGUGCCAUGCUGGCUGGGGCAUGGAGGAAGCGGCUGUGGUGUGCCGGGAGCUGAACUGUGGAGAAGCCAAGGGGACACCACGUGGUACUGCAUAUGAACCAUCAACAGGCACAGACCAAAAAGUCCUCAUGCAAGAGGUCAUCUGCCAAGGGCAUGAAUUGAACCUGACUGCGUGUGAGCCAGUGGAUAUUUUUGAUUGUUUCCAUAAUGAAGGUGCAGGGGUGCAGUGUGAAAUGCUAGAGAAUGUGAGGCUGGUUGGUGGUCCUAGGCGCUGUAAGGGGCGAGUGGAGGUGAAGCACCAAGGCAAAUGGGGCACCGUGUGCAAAGCAGGCUGGAAUCUCUCAGCCGUGAAGGUGGUGUGCCGGCAGCUGGGGUGUGGGAAGGCUCUGCUGACAAAAAGAUGCUGCAGUACUACUCAGGGCCAAGGGCCUAUCUGGCUGAGUGAGGUGUCAUGCUCAGGACGAGAACUAAGCCUUCAGCGCUGCUCUUCUGGGAUUUUGGGGAAGAAUAACUGCACCCAUGAUGAUGACAUGUGUGUCGAAUGUGAAGAUCCCUUUGACUUGAGGCUGGUAGGAGGAGACACCAAUUGCUCUGGGCGACUAGAGGUGCUGCACAAGGGCGAAUGGGGCUCUGUCUGUGAUGACGGCUGGGGAGAAGAAGAGGACCGGACGGUGUGCAAGCAGCUGGGCUGUGGGGAGUCCCUCUUCCCAUCUGCCAAAAUCCAGAAGUUUGGCCGUGGGGUUGGCCGCAUCUGGCUGGAUGAUGUUCGGUGCUCGGGGAAGGAGAAGUCCCUAGAGCAGUGCCAACACAGGUUCUGGGGGCAUCACGACUGCAACCACAAGGAGGAUGUGGCUGUGAUCUGUUCAGAACCAUAGCCUGGACUUCAUGAUGCUCGACCAGACCCCAGCAAGCCCUGAGUGUCCUUUAUUUCCUCAUGGGCCCUGACUGGCCCAGUAUGUGCACUGGGCCUGCAGGCUUUAGCCACCCCUCCCUCAGCCCCUCAGCAGGAGUCUAAACACUCUGCUUACACCUUGCUCUCAGAGCCAAGCCCCCUCACGGUUGCCUGGAGAUAGGAGUUGUUGAAUUCUCUCUUUCCAGGGAAGAGGAGCUCCCAGUCGCCCUCCCCUCACUGCUGAUGCUUUGGCACUGGCUCUGGCCUCUCCUGUUUCUUCUCAACCAGGCUGGGAGUCCCCAGGCUUCUUUCUUUGAGCAUGACAGGCCAUUUCCAAGACCAGACCUCUGUCUGUAAAGAGCAGGAAAGGAAUGAGACAACCAAAGGAACAGUUGACUGAAACUGCGGGGUAAACAAUUACAGGGAACUGGGGGAAAGCUUGGAGUUUCUUGGGAUUCUUUUUCUCAAGCUUCGGGUGAUCACCACAAUCAACAUCUUAUCAUCCUCCUACUCCUUAGCAAGAGGAAUCUCACAAAUGAGUUUGAAUUGACCCAAGGAGAAAUGUUUUGGCUCUGGAGCUACCACUGGGGGAAGGGAAAGGAAGAGCUGCAGAGAGAGCGUUUGGGGACUCGUGGCAAUCCUUCAGUUUGGGGUCUGCAAAUCUGAGGGGAGACAGAAUGACCCUGAGGAGGGAAUCAUGGCUGACUUCUAAAAUUGACAACUUUAGACUCUGAGGCUAUGCUGAGUGUCUGUAAUGUGCUUACAUUUAUGCCUUCUAAUAAAGUAGCUCUCACUGUCUCAA